GCUAGAAAUGUAACAGGCAUUCUUUUUUUGCGCAACACAAGACUUUGCACAACAAUAAUUUAACAUAAAAUUUGAAUUAUGAUAUCUACGCUUCUACUUGGUCUGAAAGCUCCAAAUGUGCAGUUUCGACAGGCUUUCCCUACUUGUCUCCCAGUGCUAUGAGCAGGAAGCUAUGCAUCUAGAUAUAUCAUAUGCUGUUUGUAAUCGUCAAUGAUGAUGCCACCAGCUUGAGGGGGUUAAUACACUUUUAUCUCAGUGAUUAUCCCCCGUUUAACAUUUAUUGCAGGAAUAUUAGUGGAAUCUCUGUUUUUAAGAGGGUUUGCUAACUUCAUUUUGACUUUGUCCCCUCCUUCGUGAAAUGUACUUCUCAACCAAUCCAGAUAGAAAUCGUAAUUUUGUUGUGUUGUUGCCUUGUACAGCAGCACAAUGACAAUAAAGUUUCUUAUCUUAUCAAAAAAAGAAAGCAUAUUCAACCAUUGUUCAUUUCAUGCAAUUGAAGUUUUAUAUCACAAAUCCUUUUUUUUAAAGUUCUGUAGAAUUAUGUGCAACUAUUUUCUUUUCUGACUGGUGUAUCUGAAUUUCAAAUUUCACCAUUUUCCCUUUACUUUCUUUUUUAAUUUAGAGAAGAAGCUUAUGGCCUUUCCAUUUGAUGCAUCCCAUUCUGUACUUUCAGUGUGGAAUAUUGUGUCAGUGUCUAUAUUGUCCUUUAAUGAAAGCUCAUUCUUCUCUGCUGUAAGAGAAAAGUAUUAAAAUGCCGCACUUCUCUCUGUAUUUCCACUUGUAGUUCUACAACGGAAUGAUAUUACACCAAUAUCGCAACUUAUUACAUUAUCAGUAAUCCUAUUUUAAAUAUAAAAAAUUUAAACGAGUUAAGACUAGUUGCCACAACUCUAUGUGUCUUCAAUCCCCAUAAUUCCUUCGUAUUGCAAUAACGAACUUGCCUGAGUAAUAAAUAGACCUAUAGAAUUAAAAGCAACUGGCUUACACUAGGUGGGUAGCCCAGUUACAUCUGAGAAAUGCUACAGGCUACUAGGAGCUAUACUCUCUUAUUUGUGUGAUGUAAAUAAACUGUGAACUAUGUGAAUUAUGUUCUCUCCCUUUCCACCUUCGCUAAUGUGUGGUGAGCUUUCUGGCGCAAAAAUGGCUGUCGUGCAUCACCCAGGUGGGUGCUACACAUUGGUGGUGGGUGAGCGGAUCCCAAUGAAAUGGUGGAAGGGAUGUGGCUGGGAGUCAGUGUGGCAAGCCAGAGGCAGCAACAAGGGGGACGUGUGCUGGCUUGUGGACAUCGCUAUGUGAAGGUGAUCAGAGGGGGUGCAGAGGAGCAAUGGCGGAUGAUUGGAAAGUGCUAUGUGCGGGGCAAUGCCCUGACCUAUGACUUCACUGAUGAUUGGCAAGAAUACAACUAUGAGGCCUGCAACCCAAACUUUGACAUGGAGCUGGAGGGAAUGUGCAACAUGGGCAUGUCAGCAGGCAUAACUGAAACAGACAUCUACAUUGGUUCCCCAGGCAGCUUUGUAUGGCAAGGCAAUGUUCAUGUCACAUGGCGGGAUCCCACUCCUGGGAAUUCCUGGGACUCCAAUGUUAAAGACUUUGGCCAGCUGAGCAAGCGCUACAGCUACAUGGGUUACUCUGUCUUAGAGGAGAAGAAGUUGUUGAGUAGGCAUGAGUACACAGUGGUGACAGGGUCUCCUCGGGAUGAGGCCAAAGGAUCGGUCACAUUAGGACUGAAAGCGGAUACUGAACUGCAGGUCGUCAUCACCAUUCCUGGGCAACAGGUGGGCUCCUACUUUGGGAGUAGCCUUGCUGUCACCGAUCUCAACAAUGAUGACUGGAAUGACCUGAUUGUGGGGGCCCCAUUCUACUUUGACCGCAAGAAGGAGGAGGGUGGGGCAGUCUACUUGUUCAUGAAUGAGAACGGGGCAUUUCAGAAAACUGCCACCAUGGUGCUGACAGGUUUCAGGGCUUCAGCUUUUGGCCUGGCAGUGGCAGCCAUCGGAGACAUCAACCAAGACGGAUUCCAAGACUUUGCAGUAGGAGCUCCAUUUCAUGGCACUGGGAAGGUUUUCAUCUGGGUGGGUGGCAAGAAGGGCAUCUCCCAAGAGGCCAGUCAGGUGAUUGAAGGGAAGGAGGUGGGUGAUGGCCAGUUCCAGACAUUUGGCUACUCUAUCAACGGUGGCAUGGACAUGGAUGAGAACAGCUACCCUGAUGUCUUGGUGGGCUCCCUGGAUGACCGCAUCGCUCUGCUGAGGGCACGUCCAGUUAUUCACCUCUCCAAAAACUUCACUGUGCUACCCAAGAUAGUGGACCCCAACCACUGCACCCCUGGUGAGAAGGCCUGUGUGACUGUCAAGGUGUGCUUCUCAUACACCCUCAGCACAGGCAACAAGGACUAUAAGAAGAACAUCACUGUGAAGUAUACUGUGGAGGCUGAUCGGAAUCAACGCAGCGCACGUGUUCGUUUCAUCAACAAUAAGCAUGACAUCUACACAGGCUUCCUGUCUAUGCCCUCUACCAUGUGCCAAGCCUUGGACCUCAGCCUGAUGGACCCCAUCCAUGACAAACUGGAACCUGUGGUGUUUUCUCUGAAUGUGUCUCUGUAUGAGCAGAAGGCCAAGGCACGGCGAAACCUGCAGAACCUGGACGCCUUCCCAAUGCUGAGUGGGGCACAGAGCCUCAGUGAGAGAGCAGAGAUUAAUUUCCAGAAGGAGUGUGGUUCAGACAACACCUGCACUAGCAACCUCCAACUGAAAGCAGUAUAUGCCAAUGAACAGCAGAUACCUUUCCCCAGACGAGGAGGUCACCAAGUCCUACAGUACAGCAACAGUGUGAAAAAGGUAGUGCUCAUGGUGGAGGUGACCAACCUGCCGGCUCCUGGAAAGUUGGCCGAAGAUGCCCACCAAGCCAUGCUCAAUAUCACAGUCCCACCCACAUUGCGCUAUUCAGGAGUACGCUCCCCAAACCUGGAUAUUCAGUGCCAUGCAGAAGAGACACUGUUGUGUGAAUUAGGAAACCCAUUAAGUGGAAAUGAGCAGGCAAGAUUACAGCUUAUAUUUGAGAUGACAGGGAUCAGUCUAUACACACAAGAGAUUGAGUCUCAUUUGCAGCUGUCCACGCUGAGUGAACAGGAUGACCUCUAUCCUGUAUCUGUGGCUCUCAUGAUCGAGUUUUCAAUACAAACCACCUUCUCCAUAAACAAACCCACAAGACAAACCCAGUUUAGUGGGAAAGUUAUAGGGGAAUCAGCCAUGAACUCCACCAGUGAUCUGGGCAGCUUUGUGGAGUACACAUUCAGGGUGGCAGUAGACGGGGAGCCCCUUGGGACAAUGGGAAGUCUUGAAGUUGAAUUUGACUGGCCUCAUGAGGUGCCUAACGGCAAAUGGCUGCUUUACCUGACAGAGAUUGUGAUGAAGGGGACAUCAGAGUCGAAUUGUGUGCCCCCUGGGAAGAUUGUGAACCUGCUGAACCUUACGCUGUCAGACCGCAGCUCAAGCCGGCAGAAGCGAGAGGUGGACAGCACAGGACCACUGAGCAUCCAACCACAGGCAGCCAUCACACUUCAGACUGCCCAGAAGAAGAAUUACCUACUGGACUGUGGAUUGGGCACUGCACGCUGUGUGAGGUUCUCUUGCCCCCUCCAAAACAUGACGAACAUGGCUGCAGUAAUUGUACGGGCUCGGGUAUGGAACAGCACAAUGCUGGAGGACUACAUUGAUGCUUCACGGGUAACAGUGAAAGGCCAGGCUACGCUGAAACUGGUUACUGAUAAACAUACUAUCAAAAUGAACAGUGAAACAAGACAGUUUACCCUGGACAUUGACCCAGUGCUGGGUAAGGACACACCUUAUGAAGUUCCCCUGUGGAUCAUAAUCCUGGCUGGAGUGGCUGGAGUCCUUCUCCUUGGUUUGAUAGUCCUCAUUCUAUGGAAAUGUGGUUUCUUCAGGCGGGCAAGCAGGAGAGAGAUGUAUGAGGCCAAGGCACAGAAAGCUGAGAUGAAAAUCCAGCCCUCUGAGACUGAAAAGCUAACAGAGGACUACUGAUUGGGGAGGCCCCUGGGUCCAGUGGCAUACUUCCUAAGAGCUCCUUGUGUGGUUUCUUCAGGAGGGCCAGCUACUACAGGAUAAUGCCGAAGUAUCAUGGUGUGAAAAUAUCAAAGGAGGAGCACUAACAGCUCAAUGAAGGGUUCUUGACUGAACACCCAAAAAAGAAGCACUGGGUCACCAAGUGGAGAGAUGCAUAACUUUAACACUACUGAUCCCGAUGCCCCUGAACCUGAUUGGGAGCUGGGUGGGGGCACACAGCUCUGUAUAACAACACUCUUGGAACGAAUUGUAUAUAUUAUGUUAUUCAAUUCCUUUUGUCUGUAGAAACUAUUUUGUUGGUUUCUUCAAAAUGGUUUGUUUUGUGUGCAAUAUAAACAGUUCUGUUAGAAGUAGAAAACAGGAUUGCAGAGUUCUGAUGCAAUCAAAAUGAAUUGAAGUUGGUGGGGGUGUAAUAGCAUGUUAAUGUGCUUUUCAAUAUAUUUCUAAAUUAUUGCUAAAAUCUAUUCUUGACUUAUUUUCUAACAGCAGCAUAAUUAUAUAUAUAUAUAUAUAUAUAUAUAUAUAUAUAUAUAUAUAUAUAUAUAUAUGUAUAUAUAUAAAUAGAAUAAUAAGUCACUCAGUUACUCGUGUGAAGUGAUAGACUGUUGUGGAGGAAUGAUGGCAAUUAAUUGUGCCGGUUAUAGUUUGCUUAGAACUUUGCAGUACAACAAAUACAUUUUCAAGCCAUAAGUCCAUUGAUUUUAUGUUAAAUAUAAAUUAUGCGUGUGCCAUGAUUGUGCUAAACUUUGAUUGCAGUGCAUUUAAAUUGUAAUGGCCAUUUGAAGAUGAAAUGGCAGAUUUGGAAAUGACUGACAGCUUUUUUCAGGUAAAAAUUGAGAAUUCUGUCUGUAAGGUCAACCUUUUUCUAUUGCAUCACUAUGCUGCUCUGUGAAUAAUUUUCUUAAAUAAUCUAUGACAUGUAUCAGUAAUGUGCCUUAAUCAUAUCUGCCGUUUCCGGUAAAUUCUUGUAUCCGUACACUACAUGUGAUCAGUGUGGAAUCAUGAGGACUGCUAACCCCGGUGUAUCAGAGGUACCAUUGGUGUCAGUGGCAACAUCUGUGUAUAUUGAGUUAAUAUCUCGUAAGAGUUAAUGUCUUCUAAGAGAAGGGAUCCUCAUUCCUUAUCUCAAACACAAGGAGGUGACAGGCUCAGGGAAGCACAGUAAAUUAAUGUCUAUACUCCUUUUAUACUAUUGGUAGGCAUGAUUCUAUUUAUUUCAGACUGAUUUUAAAAAUCCAAGACUGUUGGUAACAUGACUGGCGGUAAAUUCCUGAAUACAUGGCCAGUCAGGUUUGGUUGACUGCAGGCUGUCAUGUUCACAGGAGUUCACAUAUUGUUCUAAUGGUGUGUUUGUUGCAGUCUUUCUAUGGUACACAGAUAUGUGAUGUGUGCUUAUAGGGAUCACGCUGGGGCCUGAUAAAAUGCAGAAGAUCCAAACAGCACAAUUAAAUUCAGUACUAGAAUAAACAGACCAAGCCUGUUGAGUAGCUAAAUUAUCCUCAAAUUCACUGCAGCCAGGGCCUCUAUUAUUGUCCACUGCUAUUGAGAAUCAGUCGUAAAAUAAUCUAAUUCUUACACAUAAUCCUCAGCUUUGAAACAAAUAAGAACAGAACAAUAUUAAAGGAUCAAAA